AUGCUGGUGACCUAUUUGGAAGCCGACUUCCCCCGCUGUCAGUCUCUCUACGCAAAAGCUACUGGCCAUAGUAGCGCUAUCCCAGCAUGGAGAAGAAGAAUUGAGGAACGUAUCGCAAAGGCUAGAGCUCUCAUCGGCAGACUGAUAUGCUUCAGAUCAGGCAACAACAGGCCAACAAUUGUGCGCACCGACAGCAUGGCGUUUGCUGGGACAAAUGUCAGUUUGUCCCAGCCGGAUAUAACGCAAAAACUGACGGAGCGCAUAGAUGAUCUGAAGCAGAGAAUCGCUGCUUGGGGAAAGCGGAUUCGGCGAUAUACCGAGAGGUCGACACGGUUCAACCAGAAUCGUCUCUUCCAGAGUGAUCAGAAGAGGCUCUAUGAAUCAUUGGAGCGACCAAUGGUAAGUGGAACGGGUCCAGCACCGAAUCAGGCCGACACUGUAGCAUUCUGGCGCGGCCUGUGGUCAGAGCCCGUAAACCACAGCGAGGGCCCUUGA